AUGAAAAGUAGAUCAAAAGCACACCAAAGUGAUGGUGAGGAGGAUGAAAUUAAAGAUGAAACACAAGUUGCUAACCCCAAGCAGCAAGUCAUGACAAAGGAUGAGAUUGAAAAGCAAUAGUUAGAAGGUCUUCCAGUGAUUGCAGACUCCGAGAUUAGUCCAGCUGCAUAUCUUUUCUAAAACUAGGAGGAACAAGAUGAUCUGAACUUAUUUGAGUAGCAAACUAGCUUCCUUGGCUAUCUGGUAGCAGUUUUAUCUAUCUUGAUAUUCGGUUUUUUAUCAAUUAUUCUGAUGCCUUUCCUUGUCAGCCUUACAAAAGUUGCGCUGCAUCGUUGUGCCAAAUGCUUGAACGAGGUCAAGUCAAACUCAUAUUUUGGCUUUUCAUCUCUAGAAGAUAAGUUUGGCAUUAUUUUAACGAGAAGAUAUCUCUUAUAUAUCGUAAUGACCAUUACUUGUGGUAUGGCAAUUUAUUUGUUUAUUCUUGAGGAAGCAGGACAUAAUCAUGAUAUUAGACCAAUUACUGAACUUAAAUGGAAUGAUUUCAGAAGAGAUUGCGGUUACUAUGCAUACAUUGCAAGCCCAUCUAAAGCAACUGAAAGAUUUGAAAAGACUUAUUACAAUUAGGGUGUCUAAUGGGAUGCUUAUGUGAUUCGUGUCAGUCUGAAUGAAGAAGAUACUAUUAAUUAUGCUUAUCACAGUUCAAGUAUUAUGCUGAAGAUGGAUCCAAGUGAUCAAGAUGGAACUCAAGGAGCAGAUUUAGGAAUUUCGCUAUCAGAAAAGAUACUUGUCGAAUAUAAGGAUCAAAUAGACAAACUUCAUAGGGGAGAUCAUAUCAGAUUCAACGCCACCAUUUUAUCUAUGGGUGACUCAUAACAUCUUCAUCAUCUUCACGCUUUCGGCAUUGAAAAGAUUCCAGGCCACAAAGAUGUUGAAGCACAUGUACAUGCAGGAGGUAGAUAUAAAUUUAAAACAGUAGCUCAUGAUCAUGAUUGA